UUUAACAGCAAAAAAAAAGGAAAAAUUGAAAAUAACAAAACUUGAAUACUUUUGCUUGGUCAAGAGACAAUGAUUUUUAUUAUAUUGGUAUUACUUAUUUUUAUUUUAUUGGCAUAUAAUUUUUAUGUGCAUUAUGAACGAAAUGGGAGACUUAUCAAUCGUAUACCAGGUCCAUCUGGUUAUUCAAUUAUUGGCAAUCUAUUGAUGUUCCAAGGUUCAUUUGAAAAAUUUUGGAAGUUACAUGUAACACUUUCUGAUCAAUAUUAUCCCAUUUUCAAAGUUUGGCUUUUGUUUAAACCUGUUGUAGUUAUCUAUCAUCCUGAUGACAUGGAGAUAAUAUUAGGGACGAUGACGCAUAUCGAAAAGAGUUUUAUUUACAACAUGUUACAUCCUUGGUUAAAAACAGGUCUUCUUACCGCCGGAGGCACCAAAUGGCAAUUGCGACGAAAAUUAUUAACUCCCGCAUUUCAUUUUGCUAUAUUAAAACAAUUUAUUAAUAUUUUGAUCAAGGAGGGCGAAGACAUGGCAAACUCUUUAAAAAAUAUAGAAAGCACAAUUGUAAAAGAUUUAGUUUCAUUUGUUAGUGAACAUACACUGAACGCAUUAUGCGAAACUGCCAUGGGCACUUCUUUGCAAGGAUUGGGUCCGUUCCAGCAACAAUAUCGAAAUGCAAUUCAUCAGAUGUCCCAAAUCUUGACUUAUAAAACAAUGAGACCAUGGCUACAUAACGAUUGGAUCUUCUCGUUAACGUCAAAAGGUAGACAACAAAAAAGGAUUUUAAAGAUAUUGCAUGGAUUUACUCAGAAAAUUAUUGCAGAAAGGAAACUUUAUCAUGAACAAAUCAAUGAAGGAUACUUGAAAAGUUUUGAUAAAGAUACAUUGGCAGAAGAAGAUAAUUCAGAAACUAUUACAAUUAAAAAAAAGCGACUGGCUAUGAUCGACAUAUUAAUAGCAACAUCUCGAGAAGGUCAUUUAACUGAUUCAGAUAUUCAAGAGGAAAUCGACACUUUUUUAUUUGCCGGUCAUGAUACCACAGCGAUAACUAUGUGCUUUGUUUUGUUGCUAUUGGCUGAGCAUAAAGAUGUUCAGGAACAUGUCAGAGAAGAAAUCAAUGCUGUGAUGCAUGAAAGUGGAGGAAAACUUAGUAUGCAAUCGCUGCAAAAUUUAUCGUAUUUAGAAAGAUGUAUAAAAGAAACGUUGCGUUUGUAUCCCAUCGCCUAUUUUAUAUCACGAAUUACUUCCGAGGAUGUAAAAUUACAAUCAUACUUAGUACCAGCUGGUACAAUUUUGUAUAUUAAUAUCUACGGAGCUCAUAGAAAUCCGAAUUAUUGGCAAAAUCCAGAGGUAUUUGAUCCAGACAGAUUUUUAUCUGAGAAAAUUCGAAAUCGACAUCCGUAUUCAUAUUUGCCAUUUAGUGCUGGGCCACGUAACUGCAUUGGACAACGAUUUGCUUUGUUAAAAUUGAAGGCUCUAAUAGCUCCUUUGAUAUACAAAUUCUACUUGGAACCCGUAGAAUAUUUAAAAGAUAUUUCAUUGAAAGCUGAAUUGCUGAUUCGUCCUUCUCAUCCAUUUCGUUUAAAAUUUGUCCCAAUCAUUAACGCAUGUACAGAUGUUUGAAGGG